AUGGCGACUCUGGCGGAAAAGCUCGAGAAGAUCAAGUCUCCGAAGCUGCAGAAUCAACAUCACACCGCUGUGGUGCUCUCUGCCGUGGAAGACACCCUUCGCGAUCAAAAAGCAGAUUUCUCGCCCACAGCCUAUUUUGCCGCGCUGCUCGCCCUACUAUCCCAAUCGCUCUCCGCAACCGAAGGAAUUGUGAACAAGGACCUGGCCACCUCGGUCGUCUACCUGCUCGAUCUGACAACCGCCUAUGCCCCCGCCUCCAUCCUCCGCUCCAAAUUCUCCCAGAUCCUCACCAGUCUCGCCCCGGCCCUGUCCCUGCCCGAGGUCGACGCCCCGCUCCUCCGUCCGUCCAUCGGCUGUCUCGAGUCCCUGCUCAUUGCCCAAGAUGCGGCGUCCUGGAAUCUCCCCCACACCCAGAUUGGUCCUCGCCGGGCCAUGGCCGGCCUGCUGAGCCUCUCGGUCGACCACCGCCCCAAGGUCCGCAAGAGGGCUCAGGAUGCCCUGAUCAAGGUCCUCAAGACUCCCCCGCCAAGUCCUUCGCUCGACCACGCGGCCGCUGAUAUGUGCGCCGAGUCCGCCAUGAAGACCCUGGCCGACAGCAUUGCGGCUGCUGGCAAGCAGAAAAAGGGCCGACAGGACGCACAGCACCACCGUGACACCCAUGAGCCGCUGGUGAUUCACUCUUUGCAACUCGUCAAGACCAUUGCCUCUGCCUCGGGCGGCUGGCCGAGCAAGAAAAUCGAGUCGCUGUGUGAAUUGUUGAUGAACGCCUCGCGCUCCAGCAACGAGUACAUCACCAUGGGGGCAUUUGAGGUGUUCGAGGUCAUUUUCGAAGGUAUGGCCGAUGAAUUCUCGUCCGCCAAACUGCCGCGUCUGUUGGAUGCCAUCUCCGAGCUGAAGCCUGCUCAGAACGACUCGCAGCUUCUGCCUCCCUGGAUUGCUGUUCUCUCUCGUGGAUAUGAUGUUUCUGCACAGAUUAAUCCUGAAGAUACGUUUGCCAAACUACCAGAUCUCUUCCAGUUGAUCUCUGGAUUUUUGGCAUCGCCGUCGAACAACAUCCGUGUGUCGGCUUCCGAGUGUCUGAUCUCGUUUCUACACAACUGCAUCCCCGAUACUGUCAUCGUGGAUGCGUCAGUCUACGAUGAGAAGACACUGGAAAAGCUGGCUCGGGCCGCAACAGACCUUCUCUCUGUCAAGUACCAGGCCGCAUGGAUGGAAGUUUUUAAUGUCUGCGCCGCCAUGUUCGACUGCUUCAAGUGGCGAUCCAGCCCGUUCCUGGUGGAUAUUGUCACCACUAUCGGCGAGCUGCGCAGUAACGAGUCCUUCCACGGUAAAAAGGAGGCGGACCGCGUGCUGGGCAGCGCCAUCCAGGCGAUGGGCCCCGCGGCCGUGCUCGAGCUUCUGCCGCUGAACAUCAUCGACCAGAAACCCAGCCAGCCUGGCCGUGUCUGGCUGCUUCCCAUCCUGCGGGACUCUGUGACCAAUACAGACCUGCGCCAUUUCCGGACCGAGAUGGUACCCCUAAGUGAGGCGCUGUACCAGAAGGUCGUGAAUUAUGGGGCCGCUGAGAAGACGGUUGAAGUAAAAAUUUUCGAGACCCUCGUUCAGCAGACGUGGGGCAUUCUCCCGGGCUACUGCGAACUCCCGCUGGAUCUGGUUGAUGCUUUUGACCAGGGCUUCGCAGAGCUGUUGUCCAACGUCUUGUACAAACAGACCGAGCUACGCGUUGAUGUCUGUCGUGCUCUGCAGAACCUGGUUGAGUCGAACCAGGCUAUUUUGUCUGUUGAAGGCGAUGAGGACGACUUGAUUCUGCAGCGUCGUAUCACCAAGGCUGCCGCGAAGAAGAACAUUGCUCACCUCGCUGGCUUUUCCAGCAAUUUGUUGGCUGUGUUGUUCAACGUGUACAGCCAGACGCUGCCGCACUACCGGGGUUAUAUUCUUCAGUGUAUCAAUGCGUAUCUCAGCAUUGCUCCUGAAACGGAACUUAAUGACACAUUUGUGCGCGUCACCUCCAUGCUCGAGUCAUCUCUGGCUUCCGAGCAAGAGGCCGCCGCCGCCGCCAAACAGGCCGACUCAAGCUCAGCCGACAAGAUGCCGCCAACCUCCCACACUCUGAUUGACCUGGUCAUUGCCAUGUCUAUCUACCUGCCGCGCUCGAGCUUCAGUGGUCUGUUCGCCCUCGCAGCACACAUUCUGAACAGCCCAUCUUCGAACCCGGACCAGCAACUCAUCAAGAAGGCCUACAAGUUGAUUCCCCGUCUUGCUUCCACUGAGACGGGCAGUGCCGCUCUGCAGGAACGCAGCGGCGAGCUGCACGCCCUCAUGCUGGCCACGUCCGACAAAACCCCGGCUUCUGGCCGACGUGACCGCAUGCUCGCCAUCCACGAGCUGAUCACGCACUUGCCUACAUCAGACCUGCAUUUCAUUCCGUCAAUCCUGUCCGAAGUGGUGCUGGGAUGCAAGGAAAGCAACGAGAAGGCCCGCACUGCAGCCUUUGAUCUGUUGAUCCACCUCGCCAAGCGCACCAUCGACUCCGAACGCAACCCUCCCGGCACCGUGAUCCGCAACUCACUGGUCCCGCACAUGCCUGACGACUCGCCUGAUGCCCCAGCUACAAUCGAGGAGUUUUUCACCAUGGUCUCUGCCGGUCUGGCAGGCACGUCGCCGCACAUGGUCGCCGCGUCCGUGACGGCUCUGUCCCGACUGUUCUUCGAUUUCCAUACCCAGCUGCGUCCGGAGAUGCUCACCGAUCUCGUUCAGACCGUCGAGCUCUUCCUAACCAGCAACAACCGAGAGAUCGUCCGCUCAGUCCUCGGUUUCGUCAAGGUAGCCGUCGUCGUCCUCCCGGAAGAUAUCCUGCGUCCGCGUCUGGCAACCCUCGUCCCCAACCUCAUGGCCUGGAACAAAGAGCACAAGGGCCGUCUCCGCAGCAAGGUAAAGGGGAUCAUCGACCGACUUGUCCGCCGAUUCGGCGCUCCCCUCCUUGAAAGUCUUGUCGGCGAGGCUGAUCGCAAGUUGGUGGUCAAUAUCCGCAAACAGCGCGAGCGCAGCAAGCGCAAGAAGAAGGAGGAGGGCGGUGCUGAGGAUGGCGAGGAGGCUGAAGAGGAAGGUGCCCGGCAGACCGGCAAUGCCUUCGACAAGGCGGUUUACGGCUCUGACUUCUCAGACUCGUCCGAUGAUGGCAACUCCGACGACGACGCUAGCGAGAUUGACGUCGAUGACCAGGGCGUCGCGCGGAUCAAGGGCCGGCCCAAUGCCAACAAGAAGAAAUCCUCCGCGCAGGGCAACCAGUACAUCCGUGAGCUGUCACCGGAAGACAACCCGCUCGACCUGCUAGCUCCGAACGCGCUGGCCAACAUCUCAACCACCAAGCCGUCCCAGCGCUUCCUUAACACGGGCCCCGGCGCGCGCAGAAAGCGUUCCGCCAAGGUCGACGCAGACGGCCGUCUCAUUCUGGGUGGUGGUGAUGACGAUGCUGCGGAUGUCGAAAUGAGCGGCGGAUCCGCUGCGGGUCCGGCGGGUAUCAAUGCCUACCUCGCUGCCGUUAGCGGACCGGACGCCGUCCGCCGCGGACAGAAGGGGAAGCUGAAGAUCGGACAGGCGCAGAAGAAGAAGUCUGGUGGUGGUGAUGGGAUGGAUCUGGAUGAGGAUGAGGGCGAUGUGAAUGAGCAGAAGCGUGGUGCUGCGCCUUCUGGGCGCCGUGGGCUGGGAAUGCCCAAGACGCCUGGUGCUUCGGGGAAUACUGGGGGACGUAUUGAGAAGCGUCGCAGUCCGGGCAAGAGUGGGAGGGGCCAGAUCCGGGCUGGAAGGGGUCGGCGGAGGUAG